CACGACUUGGCCGGCCGAACGUGUGGUUGGUGGGGGGAAAGCAGAUCUGGAAACAGGUCGUCAGUGAGCUGAAAACAGCGCUAUGUGGCUACGUCUCUGCCACACUCUCAGUUUACACAACUGGACGAACAGGAAGCCACAGAUUUCUAAGACUCCUAUUUCUAUUCACUCCCAAAUGUUUUUUUUCUUCUCAUCUCGUCUGAACACCGGCCCUUACAUCGAGGUUUGAACGUUUCUUCCGUCCCAUCUCACUUCGCAAUACGCACAGUAUAAUUAAGUUAUCGGAGAACAAGGCCAUGUUCCACAAUUCGUCGUUUCUGCCGUUUUCGGAACCUCGGUCAAACUGGGGGUCCCCUCACCACCACAAAAUCAUCUCAACUUGAUACAUACAUUACUGACCUCGCGCCUCCGACUAACCUCAGCGUCCCGCUCUUGCCUUCAAUUGGCCCCUCCAACUCCCAAUUCACAUCGAAAAUAGCACCCCCACCCUGCAAUGGCAGCAACGCCAAAUCCCCUUCACGACACCCAUGGCCCCUCCGACCCCGCCAUCAGUACUCAAACCCACACAAUCGCCGGCAUCCUGACCACCGUCCAUGGCCUCUCCGAACUUCCUCCCUCAACGGCUUCCGUCGCCUGUCUCUGGCUGCUCCACCCGCGCCUCCAAUCCAAAGAGGCCAUGGCGCCCAUCGCUGCACAUAUGAUCCUCGCCUGGAACACGCACAUACAAACCGGGAAAGCAGGCGCGCACCCCAAAGGUCUAAUAGCAGUCAGUUUCGACCAGCGCAACCACGGCUCCCGCUUGGUCGACCCUCUGCACAACGAAGCCUGGCGCCAAGGCAAUCCGCGACACGCGCAGGACAUGUUCUCGUGCUACCAUGGCACCGCAACCGACACCUCACACCUCAUAAACCACCUCGAAUCUUACAUCUUCCACACGCCUUCCUCUCCUAAAAUCACCCAACACUUAGUUCUCGGUAUUUCAUUAGGGGGCCAUGCAGCCUGGCACUGCAUACUCUCCGACCCCCGCAUCACCGCCGCCGUCGUCGGCAUCGGGUGUCCAGACUACACGCGUCUAAUGGCCGAUCGCGCACGACUAAGCAAGCUAGAUACGUACACCUCCUCCUCACCCCCCGGUUCCUCCUUCCUAGGUUCCGCAGACUUCCCCCCCGCCCUGAUAUCUGCAAUCGCGGCAUACGAUCCCGCGGGUUUCCUCCUGCCAAACUCCCUCUCGCCCUCCCUCUCGCCCUCCCUAUCCCCAUCCCACACUCUUUACCCCACUCCUGAAAAGGCGAAACUCGAUCGCUUCAAGACCCUGCUCCAUGACCGGCUUCACGGAAAGUCUAUACUUAAUUUAUCAGGGAAGGAAGAUAAGCUGGUUCCGUAUGCAGCCGGGGAACCGUUUUUACGCAUUUUCAAGAAUGCGGUCGAGGAGGAUAAGAGUUUGGGAAUACGGUUUGAGGAUGUGAUGUUUGAGGGUGUGGGGCAUGCGUUUCCGAGGGGGAUGGCCGAUAGGGCUGUGCAGUGGGUCUGCGAUUUAUUGGCUAGGCCGGAUGAGGGAGUGGGAGGGGCCAAAGCCGAAGACUCGCGUGUCACUUUGCCAUCCACUCUCAUCCAUUCCACACCCAAAGUAUGA